GUUGCCUGAAUGAAGACACGCCUACCCUGAGGAAUACAGCAGUAAGGAAGAGCAUACGUUAGUGAAUCCCGGUCGUUGUGCAGUUACAGUUGGAGCAGAUCACAAUCAGCUUCAAAAUGGCAAAUGCAGAUAAGGAGAUCUCCUACAGUGAUCUUAAGUCCCUCAUUGAGAAGGGUGAAGAACUUGUGAUUGUGGAUGUGCGUAGCAAAGCUGAAGUGGACAAAGGGCACAUCUCGGGGUCCAUCCAUAUUCCAGUGGAGAAUGUAGGUAGUGACUUGUCUCUGGAUCCAGAUGCGUUCAAAGAGAAAUUUGGCGUGCCCAAACCCCCAUUAGAUGCCCCAAAUCUGGUCUUCCACUGCCUGUUGGGUCGACGUGGAGAAGCUGCCACAGAGAAGGCCAGAAGCCUCGGCUUCCAAAAUGCCCGUAACUUUGCUGGAGGUUACAAGGAAUGGUCAGAGAGAGAAAGCAAAUGAUGCUGCUGCUCCAACACAUCAAGCACACUCCAGAUGUUUCAGUUAGAAUUAUUUUGUAGUUCUGGGACAGAGUGCCUUUUGAGGACUGCUAGGCCUGUAUGUGUUUAGCUGUCUGAGCUGUCUUUAAGUUGAAGUAUCUCAGGGUUUAUGCUAAAUGGGUCCAUUACAAAUUGUGUACAUUUAUUGCCUCAAUGCCAAGUUUUAAAUGUAUACAAUUGUUUUUAGUGCGUUAAAAACAUUAAGAAUAUGUAAAAAUAUAUUUAUACCAUUUUUACUCAACAGUUUAUGAACUAUUCCUUUUGUGAACAUGUGAAGCUUUGCUUGUUAUUUUUCUUAUCAAGUGCACAAAAAAUCCAUCACUUGGGUCAGCUGCUAGCUCCCCAGAUAGCAAGAGGAUAGCUGGCCACUGUUGGCUAGCUGAUGGCAAAGCUGGCAGCCCACUGGUUUUUUGCUCAGCGUUUUCCAGGCGGCCCACCGGUGGCUAACCCCUUAAAAUCCCAGGCUUAUUACAUACUAAGGCUUAUUAUUCAGUAACUACAGGGACUUCAAUGCAAACUGAUUGAGCUAUUGUUAGAUUAUAUAAGUGUGUACUAAAACUUUGGGCCUGCCGGUUGACCCUGGCCAUUUAAGGGGUUAAACAGAGUGUUAAAAUGCUACUUUAAAUCACUGGUUUUGCAUUCACAGUUCAAUUUACUUGUUCUUCCUUCAUUUGCUACUUUGGUUAUGCUUUGUAAAUUAGCAGCAUAAAUUUAAUAGCAGCAUCAAAAAUCUGUAUACAGCUGUAACCAAUCUAACACAGUGUCAGCAGUGUUUUGAGAAUUAAAAACUAAUCUGCAUGACAAUAAUCUGGUUGGGCCAAAAGCGGAGUAACAGUAGCCAACAGUCAGUGUGGACCUUAUCAAGCUAGCAGACUGAUAUAUACUUGCUAUCUGAGUCACUUGAGAUGAAUCAUGGUGCUUGAAGCUCCCUAAAGGAUGGACAUUUACACUGACCUCUGUUGUUCUUUCAGGUAAGGUGCUGUUAUGUCGUGUUAAUAAUGUGUUAAUGUUCUAAUUUUCCUGUUUAAAAUGAAUUUGACCGCAAAGGUUUUUGAUGUUUGGGCGCCAGUUCAGUUGCACAUACAGGUGUGAAUAUUAGUCAUGAAGCAGCUGUUUUCACUUGUUUCUUGUACUCGUGUCACUCGAAACUAUUAAAAUGCUACCAUUCUA